AUGGAGUCGUUGGAGUUGGCAGAGGAAGGUGCUCUUUCGCUGCCAAACACCUUCCGCAAUCUGCGGACGAGCUACCUGCGCUACUGCCUUCUGUCUGGAUGCCUGUCUGUGAUCUUCCUCACGUGCUCUUCAUUCGCUGCUCCCGGCUGUAUCGAUCGAACACCCCGGCAGACUACCACCGGAUUCGAGUGUUACUAUCGAUGGAAGUGGGAGCAACACCUCUGCGACAGUUACUGUUGCAACGGGACCACGCUGGGUGUCGAAGAGGGCGACUGGUGCGUAGACUAUUGCUUUGAGGAUGGUAACUGCGAGUUGACGAGGUGUGCCCCGGCCCAAAGUCAAGGAGAGUAUGUGGCUUUGCAAAUGCUGCGCUGGUCCGGAGCUGUAGCUUUCUAUCUUGUCUGGAUGCUCUUCUUCUUGCUGGGAAGAAUGCUUUGCAGAACCACGACAGCAUUGGAGAAGAAGACCGCCUGCAGGACCGCAUGCCUGUUUGCUGUGUUCACUGUUUUCCUCUACGGUCUCUAUUCCAUCUAUCUCUUCACGGACUGCCACCACGAAUUCCGAGGCAUCGCCGACCUUUUCCUCGCCGCCGGCUUGUUGGCGUCCUUCCUUUGUGUUCGAUACUUGGUGGGCGUUGCUUCUUCGCAGUCAGGAGUGGAGUCCUACGACAUGUUGUUGGCAAUGAUUUCCGAUUCUUACACCCGUGGCGAUGGCCGGACCCUUGUGCUUGAGGUCGGGCAGGAGCGUCUGCGCGACUUCUGGCAGGAGAACCUCUCUGGGCAGACAGAUACCGCUUUUACUGUGAGCAAGCGCUACCGCUAUUGCAUUACAAUCGUCCUCCUCUCCCUUUGUAUCGGCGCUUGCGGCAUUUUGUUCACGGCACGUCAGAGGUUUUUUCUUUGCUGGAUGGGCUUCUUUGGGAGCGUGCUGCCGAUGCUCUACUUCUACGCUCUUACGCUUGCUCCAGUACAAAACUGGACUAUGCGCCGCAAAGCCGCCAAGGCUCUGGCCAACUUGCCCAGCCGAGACAAGGUGGUUUUGUUUGCCAACGGUCGAUCUCCCGAGAAUGCCGCGGAGAGACAAAGUGCCGAGUUCAUGUCGAUUGCGUACUUCUCCGGGCAAGACCCUGUAUUUUUCCGAACGGAAGCUGGCGCCGACGAGACUUUGGUGUGGAACUGGACAGUUCGCACAGCCAUCACGGAGAUGAACGGCCACUGGUAUCUCAGUUUUACAACCACUGCCCGUAGAUCGACUGCGAGUCUUCUGCAAUCUUCAGAUGUCCAAGUCGAGGUUCCCAGGCAUUUCCCGCUGGAGGCUUCUGACGUGCGACUCGCGCGUGAAUGGCUGCAGCAGCACGAGAUCUUUGGUCUACAGUGA